AUGUCCGACGAGAUCAUCAUUCCUGUCGACAAUGACAUACAUCUAGUGGGAGAUGAUUACAGCGAGGACUGUAAUUCCGACACGACUUCGAUCCAGUCCUCAAUCUACCGAGGCCUAAUUGAAAAUGGCCGACGAUACCAGUCUCUCAAACCGGAAGAAUAUUGCUUUCCUGCUGAUGAACGGCAAUUUGAAACUUAUGAUGCCGUUCACCUAACAGCUUUGAUAGCGGAUUCCGAUCAAGAGAAUCCAUUUUUUCAAGCACCAAUCCACCCCCAAAAUAUCCUUGAUAUUGGCACUGGGAAAGGAUCAUGGGCUAUUGACGUUGCCGACAUGUUUCCAGAAUGCAAAGUUCGCGGUGUGGAUCUAUUCCCACCACCCGUCUCCUGGGUGCCACCAAACUGCGUGCUGGAAGUUGACGAUGUCUUGCAACCCUGGACCUGGCACGAAAGAUUCGAUUUAAUUCAUCUUCGCAUUAUUGCUUGCGCUUUUACACCCGAAGAGAUAGACCAGGUGAUGAAGAGAAUCUAUGACCAACUAGAACCCGGUGGAUGGAUCGAGCAAAUGGAAAUUCACCCUACAAUCUUCUGCGACGACAAGAGUAUUCCUGCCGGCAAUAUUUUACUAGAAGUUGGACCAAGAUUCGAUGCUGCCGCCAAUAAGUCUGGGAAGCCGAUGGAUCUCAUCCACACAAUGCGAGCAUCAAUUGAGAAAGCAGGCUUCGUGGAUGUGCACGAAAAGAACGCCAGAUGGCCCAUUGGGCCAUGGGCAAAAGAAAGAACUUUGAAAGAACUUGGAUCGGUCAAUCUAUCCCAUUGGCUGACCGGCAUGGAAGGGUAUACGAUGUAUCUUAUGACCAAAUUCGGACACCCAAAGCCAUGGAGUGCAGAAGAGGUGCACGUUUACAAUUCUCAGAUCAGGAAAGAAUUAUCAAAUCCGCGUCACCAUGGCUACCAACGCACAAAAAGAGUCUGGGCCAGGAAGCCACUGUCGGGUUAA